AUGGCGGGAUUCUCAUAUGUCAAUUACGACAAUCUCUCAUACCUCUCGAACCACGUCUUUCUACCACCAAAGUUACCACAAAAAGAUGACAUCAAGCAACCACAUGUCGUUGCAUUAUCUCGCUUGGCUGGCGAUAUCGCCAAGGAAUAUAGAGAUCGGUUAGAUGCUACUCACCGUCGUUGCUGGGAUCCCAUCGUUAGGAUGCUCGAACAUAUCUAUCGAUUCACGGAUCUACCAAGCCUCGAUAGAUUGAAGGAGGAUCUUGCAUUGAUGGCAGUUGAUGACAUCCUUGCACUGUAUGUUCGAGCACAGAACGCUGCGAUCAUCGUUCGAAAGUACGCCGAAAAGACUGUGUUCGAGAUUUUCGAAGUUUCGCCAGCGGCUGCAAUGGUCAUGGGGACGGAAGGGAAGUUGAUUUGCUCCUAUCCCGGGCCUGCAGUGGAAAUUCCAAACGAUGUAUUCAAUGAUGGGGGAUUCCAAGAGGAGCUUGCGUCGUUCAUUAUGCAGAUGGACGCCGAUAACUUGGAUUCGGCGCCCACGACGACGAAGGCGGGUUCGAAGGUCGUCGAAGAGCGCGACACCCAGGACCCGCGAUAUAUUUCCCAGCUUCUUGUCGGAAUCUUGCGUGGGAUGGGACAGGGAGCGACAGUGCGUCGCAUCAGCAAGAGGAUUGCCGACGAUGUCCUCUGGAAGGAUGCAUACAAACCUUGGCGGAGGUCUGGUCUGUGGCUCAUCAUCCGUGUCGCAAUUCAAACUUCCCUCGAGGACAUCAAUGACUAUAAAUCGUUCAUUCUUUUUUUCCACUCGCACCUUCUUCAUCUAUGCCUUGGAUUCGACUUCAGCAGUGACUUGAUUUUCUGUAUGAGGGCCAAGACGAGCCGCCGAGCCUACAAGCUGGGAUCUUCUGCACUUGAUUUUGUUCUGAAGGAAGUACAAGCAACAGGGAACGCAGUCGAGGUCAUAUUACAGGGCCGUUGGACUGCGAUCCAGCGCGCACAAGAGCAUUCUUCGUUUUGGGCUCCCGAGACUCUUGAUAUCGCUAGCGACACUGUUCUUUCGCUGAGAGAUUCCGGUGGCUAUCUUUCACAGGUCCUCAAUCCUGAUCCCCGUCGAAUGUCGUCAACACAAUUCAAGCCAUCUCAGGCUCCGCGACUGGGAGCGCUUAGUGGUUUUCAAUCAUUGGAGGGUAAUGGGUUGUCGAAGAUGUUCAACGAUGACCCGUACGUUGCUCAGGCGGACUUCGAAGAACUUGUAGACAUCCAUCUAGAUUCGUGGCUGUCUCGAAACAUUGAUGAUACUUCCACCGGUACUACAUUGGCCUCAUGCCUUACACAAUAUUUCGAGUUUGCUAUGCAGCACUACUCCUCGAGCCCCGAAGAUCUGUCUUUGAUGAUCCUGAUUAUCAUGGAACUAUGGGUUGCCAUCGACAAGGUAGCUUUGGUGCAUUGCCCACUCCUACAGGAAUAUUCCCCAGAAAUCCCCAUGACAUUCAUCGAGCCACUGCUUCUACGUCAUUCUCGCCCGUUGCGGCGAUCAGCAGCCGUAGAGACAUACCUGCGUGGCCGUCACGAGCGCGUCACUUCCAAACAAUCGAUCUUCUCGGACAAGGUGGACAGGAAGACGUUCUCUGUUCGUUUCUUCGCCCAGUCAUUAGACCUUCAGUCCCUCAAAGCACGAAUCGAGCAUCAUGCAACGGAGCAACGGAAGAAAAAGUGUGAAGAACUUGCUUCACAAAAUGCCUUGCAUACACAACGUACCACAACGGCCUCAUCGAUGAGUCACACAUAUACUGUCAAUGAUACACACCGUCCGAGGAAGUGUCCGAAAUGCAAAUUGGAGAAAUUGGCGAAAGCUAUGACCAUUGCAGUGCACGAAUGGCCGCUUCCGGAUACAGAGUUGCUCGCAGAAGCUGUAACUUUCGAAUUGAAUUGCCCAGAGAUUUUCCAGUUGUGGAGGUCUUCAACGCUUCGAAUCCUUUGGGAUCUUGGCUUAUCGAGUCGUGUUACGGGAGCAUCUCCUCACGUCGUCCUGUGUAUGUAUCCUGGCCUUACCCAAUGGGCCAAGCGAUCUGUCCGGAUCACACUUGCAUCGUUAACGAAAUCAUUUUCACAAUCUCAUUACAAGACUACAUCCAUUCCUGCUAACGAAUCUUCCGUCUGUGUCAACAACGGUUUACAUUUCAGGCUCUACGAUCAAUCUCGGGGUGCUUGGGCUGCUGGGCCUUUCUCUGACUCUAACAUUUCCCAGUAUUGUACUAUGAAGCUCCCCUCGGAAGGACCGUAUCAAGGCUUACAAUGUGCCAUCGAAGGGACAGACCAUACAACCAAUAAAGUCUUGGCUAACCAAACUAACUGCCCGAAGGCGCUUAGCAUUCACGAGCACAUCGCCUUCGCUAGCUUGCGCAGCGGGCCUCUGCUACAGUGGAUGAAUAUUGCUCGAGAGAUCGUCUCCAAUUCUCUUAAUUUCAAUCGUGAAGAGGUUCAUUCGCUCUUUACUCAAGCUGCGUGGCAAAUAGGACCUUUAUCCCAAGAUGGAGAACGCCGGAGAUGGCACGAGGAUCUUGAGAACAAAGAAUUCGGGCUCGUGCUACUCAAUGGACUGGGGAGCCUCUUGACGAGUGUUGAAUCAAAUUGGCUUGGAGGUGUCACAGCGAGAACCAUCAUAUUCCUUGCCAAUCGCCUCUUGGCUUCCGCGAGUGACCCAGAUAUCCAUCAGAAAUCUUACAUGCUAUUGCGUCGGGCCCGCGCUAUCACUGCUCAAUGGACGCGCCAGCUGGCUUCGAAACUCCAAGAUAGUCAUGAAGAGAGCGAAGCUCUCGAAUUACAACUGAGUACAUGUGCCAUGGCAGCAACUUGUCGCGCGACAUUUGACGUGGAUCCUCAUCAUCUCCGGUAUUUGCUUGAGUCUGCAGAUGAUACUGCCAUUGCGCUUGAAUGCGCGAUCAUCGUUCACGACAACACUCCUUUGGCAUUGCAAGCCGCCCCCCCAGAUUUACUCAAGCUGCUCUAUCGUGAUCGACGACUGUCACAUUAUCUUGAGCGUUUCUUAGCACAGCGUGUUCGACAGGAUCGACGAGGAAUGGAUAACGCAAUUCUUUCUCUAUGGACUGCAUAUAUCCCUGCUGGUUGGCUGAAGAUGUCUACACCAAACUCUCGAUGGUUAGAGACUCAGACUACGACAAAGUAUGCGAGUAACAUGCCGCAAACCGUUCAUCUCAACUUGCUUGAAGGGAGACUCCUGGUCGACGGAAAGCCAUUGGGUCGCCUCCCUCGUGGCAUUGUUCAGCAUUCCACAUAUAUCCGUAUCUUUGGUCAGAAAAUUCUGGAUGUAGUUCCUUCAGAUAUGCCAGGGAUGGAGUAUGCAAGUCGUGCCUCUGUUCAUGAACACCAGGCGAGCCUCGACAAUGUCUACUUUGUCCUACACGCAUCUGAGAAUCGCCUUGUUAUUCGAUCCAAGCGGGAAAGCAGCGAAGAUAUUCUGGAGCUUAUUCCACAUACAAGGCUGUUCGGAGAUCUACCGACGUUGCUGGUUGAGGGUCAUGCUCACUGGUUCAAUCUACGAACUGGUGAUCUUGAAUUGAGACCCCUUGACAACCUGUGGACCUCGUCCCCUACGAACUGGCACAUUCGAUUCUCAACCGAUAGCUCAACAAUGAUAUAUGGUGAAUCGUCCAUGUUGCUUGUCGACACGUACAGCCCCACAUUCGACAUGAUCUCUAAACGCCUGCAGCCGCUCGAGUCAGCGAAGUUCCUCACCAUCAUGUACGAGAUGAACACAAACUGCGUCUCAGUACGACUUCCACGGCUGGGACUUUCAUUCAGCUUAACAGCGGAAGGGGAACUCGAGUCUCAAAACCUUCCAGGUAUGAUUAUCGAUGAUAAUCAGUCCUGUGGGACGAUGUUCGGCCUCCAAAACAUACUGGUUUUAAGAGAACAAGGCAGCAAUCCCGAUCGGAUAUCCCAAUCUCGACGUGUUCUCAUCCCGCAAGGCAAAAUCAAUGUUGCGAUCCAAGGAAACCAUCCAGUUAUCACCAUUGAUACAGGAACUUCGAACCGCGUCUUGUAUCACCAAUACAAGGUUGACAGUCAUCUCGGUUAUCUUGCAGGCAACGUGAAUCUGGCUAGCAAGUUAUUCAAAAUCUACCUUCAUGCAAUCAGCAGCCACUGUCUCCCAGACCCUUUGACAGGACGUACCGGAACGGAAGAAUCACUGCAGGAAUUGUGCUCGUCUGGCUGUCUAUCUUUUCAGAGGUUCAGUUCGGUUGAGGCAAACCUGUUAGAACUAAUCAGCUUGUUGACACCUAGCAGAUCGUUCUACCCUCGUCAUCUCAAGGUAAUGCAAACAGUCAACUGGUCUAACCUUCCAUCUCUCUCUCAGCACAGAGGAUUUCAUUCUGCUGCACAUCUAAUAUCCGAUUAUGCAGAAAAACUGCACAUAUUCCAGACUUCAAAUCUUGCUUUCGCAAUGAGUGUCAGCGAUGACCAGCGACACGGGUUCUUACAGGACCGUGCUGCACAACGGAGUUCGUGCUAUUAUUCUGCCGACAGUUCGACGCGCUUCACAUCAUUUAUUUCCACCGAUUCUUACUACCCUUCCCGGUCAGACAUUAUCGCUACAAAUGGAACCAAGGAUGAAUCAGCCGUGUUCAGUACUUCACGGAUGGUCAUGAUGUGGUCAUUCGCCACCUCGCUCAAACCAUACAGCUCCAAGCUACUUUCAUCUCUGGGAUCUGGGUCAGUUGCUUCUCAAUCGAUGAAUCUAUUAGAUUUGUCCUACAACCGGAGCUGGUUACGACUAACCCUUUCCGAUGCUUGGAUUUCAUUAUACAAUCUCUGUCGCAAGCGCACAGAUUCUCGCAGGAAACAGUAUAGGCUAACACUCAGUCUUUCUGCGAUGACCUACGGCUCACCCCUCCUUCGAGAAUUUGUUCCUAUCCUAUUAGCAUUCGCGACUACUCCUGCUCUAUGCCACAUAGAUCCCCCCUCGUAUGCGUCUUAUGACCUUUCGGACGGUUUCAAACCUAGCCGAGCCAUAGUUCUCAAGAAAAUCAUAUCCGCUGCUUUUUCGCUGGAGGAUAGUCCAUCGGCUCGUCUUUCGGCUGAAUGGAAGGAGACCCCCGAAAGCUUACGGCUGCGACGUCGUAUCCAUCACAAUUCUCAGGUUGUAUCUCUGGCCGAAUCCCUUGUCAAUGAUCUGAUGGAACAAUGGCCUUGCGAUGAUCCUCAACUGCCACCGAGUAAUGGUGCAUACCACAGCUGGUUCAAAAUUUCAGCAUGCAUGGCCGGGAUCCGUCAACUAUUCCACUCCUGCUUCAAGAACCGGCAACUCCGCCUCCAUAUUGAACGAGUCGAAGAGAUCAUUUUGGCUGGUCGGACAAGCCCAUUUGCAGCAGACAUAGCGGUGUACACGUUUAUCCCCUGUCGUCAGCACCAAAGAGUGUCCCCUGAUGCCUUCGUUACCAUUCAUGGACUCCUCGACCGUAUACUUGCGCCAGAUGUGGAACCCCUACCGAGCAUGUUCUGGGGAGCCUCGCAGGCAUCUGGACAACCUGAUAACAUUGCAGACCCUAGCUAUUUACAGAAGCUCAUCGCCAAAUUUCGAAAUGAUCGGGGUGAUAAACUUCAUCACCAAUAUGGGCGAGAGUUAGAGGAUAGCUUAAAGGAUCUCCGUGUGCAAUCCUCCCUGAAUUUUCCUAGUUCAAUUCCUUCCGCGACACUACAAGAGCUUUUUCAAUAUCGCGACCAAUGCGAUCACCGUGUGGGAGUCAUAUUUCGUAUGAUCUGUCAGUCUUUGUCACCAUCGCACUCGAUACCAAGCGAGCAAAUCCUACACAGGGCAGGACUUUGGCCAGUCAUCAUACCCCGCUCAAUCUUGAGCAUGCUUGCGUUUCCGCAUCGGGACAAACUCAAUAGUCGAUGGAAAGCAGUGAUCAUCACCUUCGCUCAGGCGAUCAUUGAGUACCAACGUUCUGCACGUCUAGUUCAUUUUGCUUUGGCUAUGGCUGUUGAUGCAUUCUACAAAGAAUUGGCGAAUACUCUGUUUGAUCAGCAAAAUGCGUUGGACUAUCCUGACUGGUUGCUUAUCCAGAUCGAAGGUGACUUUCUCAUCCGACCAAUCCAGGCUCUCGUAGCCAAGGAAAUGAUGCUGCCUUCCUCGAGCAAAAGCACUGUCCUCCAGCUGAAUAUGGGAGAAGGAAAGUCGUCUGUGAUUGUGCCAAUAGUCGCAGCCGCGCUAGCAAACACAAGGGCUCUGGUUCGCGUUGUCGUCCUGAAACCGCUAGCAAACCAGAUGUUCAAUCUUCUUCUCGAGCGGUUGUGCGGUCUUGUUAACCGUCGCAUCUACUGUAUGCCGUUCUCACGGGAUGUCAAGAUGGGAUCUCACGAAGUUCAACUGUUCUCGAUCCUCUACGAGCAAUGUCUUCGUGAGGGUGGAGUACUAGUUGUGCAGCCAGAGCACAUCUUAUCAUUCAAAUUGAUGGGAGUCGAUUGUCAACUUCGUUCAAAAGAUCCGGACCACCGCAAACUGGCGCCUAAGGUUAGACAAUUUCAGACUUGGAUGAAUGAUGUAGUGCGAGAUAUUCUAGAUGAAAGCGAUGAAGUCCUCCAUGUCCGGUACCAGCUUGUAUACACGAUCGGAGAUCAAAGGCCCCUCGAGGAUCACCCCAAUCGCUGGACGAGUAUUCAACAAAUUUUUUCCUUAAUACAAAAGUACGCCUACAAUUUACAGCAGCAAUUUCCUGGAGGAGUAGAACUCGUGCGGAAUUCUUCGGCCGCAAGUUUUCCUAUCAUUCGAAUUUUAGGCGACAAUGCCGCAAAUGCUCUCACUUCAUGGAUCGCGGAGGCUGUCAUCUCUCGGGGAUUUUCUACUUUGACAUUCGCGUUACUGCCUCAGACAGUUCGUGAAGCCGCUCUUCGCUUUAUCACUGAGAAAUCUUGUCAAGCUCAGGAUGAUUGCAUGCUUCGAAGCUACUGCAGUGGCGUCUUUUGGAAAGGCCUUCUAUUGUUGCGCGGUUUGCUGGCUCAUGGGAUCAUUAUCCAUGUGCUCAAGGAGAAGCGCUGGAGGGUCGAUUAUGGACUUGAUCCAGAUCGUUCCAUGUUAGCUGUGCCCUACCGUGCAAAGGAUACACCAAGUAUCAGAUCAGAGUUCGGCCAUCCUGAUGUCGCUGUGGCCUUGACAUGCCUCAGCUACUAUUACGGUGGUUUGACCGAAGCACAACUGCAUCAGUGCUUUGAUCUUCUCUUCAAACUUGAUAAUCCGACUCUGGAGUACGACGAGUGGAUCCACCACAAUCAAGAUAUUCCUAUGGCUCUCCGCCAGGUAGAUGGCAUUAACACUCAAGAUGGAGAGCAGUUCAGAUGUUUUUUAUUCCCUCUAUUUCACAAGAAUCACGCCGUCAUUGACUUUUUUCUCUCUCAAAUCGUCUUCCCAAAAGAGGCCAAAGAGUUUCCGCAGAAAAUGGCAACAUCCGGGUGGGACCUUGUAGAGUCGAAGAAGUAUGUCACUACAGGAUUUAGCGGAACGAACGACAGCCGAUAUCUCCUACCAACCUCCAUCAUGCAGCGGGAUCCUAUUGGACAACUCAGCACGAAUGCCCGGGUGCUAAUGCACCUCUUACGGCCGGAAAAUGGUCACUAUAUUUGUACCGAAGGUGACUCGGGUCGUAUGUCAACCAGAGGCUUCCUGGAGCGUUUGGUAGUUGAGGAUAGAGAUGUCCGGGUGCUAUUGGACGUUGGAGCACAGAUGCUAGAGCUCCAGAAUGACGAAUUGGCUAAAAACUGGCUAUCACUGAGACCAGAUGUCCCCGCAGCUAUAUUCUUCAAUGACCAAGACGACCUAGUUGUCAUCACUCAGGAUGGCUCACUCGAAUCAUUCAUCUCAUCACCCUUCAACAUGCAAUUGGACAAGUGCCUCGUAUAUCUGGAUGACGCUCAUACGAGGGGAACGGACCUCAAACUACCAUCUAGUUCCCGCGCUGCCGUAACAUUGGGCCCAAAGGUCACGAAAGAUCGUCUAAUACAAGGCUGCAUGCGGAUGCGCAAAAUCGGAAACGGGCACUCGGUCAUGUUCUGCGCACCUCUCGAAGUUGACAUGCGCAUCCGCGCAGUCUCCGGUCUAGGUCCGACUGACAGAAUCAGGGUUCGCGACAUCUUGCUCUGGACUAUGGAGGAAACAUGUGACGAAAUACAGAGGUAUAUCCCUCAUUGGACACAGCAAGGCCUUGACCACCAGGACCGAAUGGCUGCGAAUAUUGGAUUCUCAUCGUCUGGGGAUAUUGAGAAGCUUAGGUCUGCCUGGUGCCAGCCGGAGGCUCGUAGUCUGGAGGAGAUGUAUGGCUUCUCUCCGACGGACAAGUCAUCCGAAAUAUACCACAUCACUUCGAAAUUUCCUGCAUUACGCGAGCGCUUGGAGUUCCUUGGGGUUUCAUCGAUAUCGGACACGAGCAUAGAGGAAGAGCAAGAGCGAGAAGUCAGCCAUGAGCUCGAGAGAGAGCAGCAAGUUCAAAGACCGCCAAAUGCGGUGGCCGCCACUCACAGACUGCAUCAGGAUGUCGUCGCUUUCGUCAAAACCGGGAUCAUACCUAAUGGUUCCACAGAGUUCUGUUCUCUUUCGAAGCUCUUAGGCGUCAAUGGUUCAAGGGCCCAAUCUUGUCUAUCACAACUGAUGGCGACCAGAGACUUCCUGACCACGAUUGAGUCAUCGACAAGAAAAUCAACACUCUCCGAACUUUCAGAAUACUUACGCCCAGUGAACUGGAUUGUGUCUAGCACUCGAAGUGGUGCAAUGGUCCUUGUCGUCUUGAGUCCAUACGAGGUCCAACUUCUACUUCCGGAUAUCCGCCGGAGUACCAUCGUUCACCUUCAUCAGUACACACCUCGCGUCACCAAAGCGAUGAAAGAAUUUUCGGACCUCCAAUUUUAUUGCAUCCCUUCUCUUCCAGAUACUUGGACUCCGCCACCGCCUGUCAUCAGAUCAAUGCUGAACAUGGUAGCAGGUCAAUUAUACUUGGACAGCUAUGAGGCGUACACACGAUUCUGUGCACUACUGGGUGUCUACACAAAAAAGCCGGUGGGAGAGAGUGAGAUCCAGAGCGAUGGAUUCAUCAAGCCAAAUGAUCGUCGUGGCAUGAUGUUGGACAUCUGCCUGUUCGAGGAGAGUCCAGUGACGCGAAUGAAAGAGCUCGUGGGACUAAGGAGGAAGGGAAUGGAGUAUCGUACCACUCACAUAGGUAAAAUCUUGAACGCGCGAUUGCUUUCGGAAGAUGAUUUUGCGUCAUAGGUUCCUGUGGCCCGUGAACUAGUGUAACUCAUGAGCAAAGGCUCACUUCUAGUAUCAAGCUUGUCUAUGAUAUUGAUUAUUAGAAGGACUGAAAAACGGACCUUGCCUACAGAUUCAUUAGUAGCCAGAUCAUUUGGCUAAUGGCACACCUGAACUCACCAUAUCUCUGUUAACACUUGUGGUGCAAGCCAUCAUACUACUUCUACGUCCAUUUCAAAUGAGUGAUCCCGUGUUCGUAUUAAGUCUUUGAGUUAGCUUUUGGGUCUGCGUUUGGGUGUAUGUUGAUACAAUAGAUAUGCACUUGUCUACCUUCUU